CCUCUGGGGGCGUGUGCUUGGUCCAUAAAGGAGGGGCGUGGUCAUGCCUCUCCCCGCCUUGGGGUGUAGACCACGCGGGUGCAGCUUCCCGCGGUUUGGUGCGUCACUCGCGAAGCGAGCCCUCCCCGGGGUAGAUGGCUCGGAGUCGCGCAGCCGGCAGGGAGCUGCGGGGACGCGAACUGCGCAGCCAGAAGGCCAAGGGCAAGAGCACGGCUGGGCGGCAGGAGAAGGAGGAGGAUGUCCUUGAAGAUGAGAAGCCCCCGAAGAAGAGUCUGCCCCCAAAAGUCUCACGAGGAAAGAGGAAGAAGGGCUGCAGUGAUCCUGGGGGCCCAGCAGAUGGUCCAGCAAAAAAGAAAGUGAGCAAAGUGACUGUUAAAUCGGAAAACCUCAAGGUGAUAAAAGACGAAGGCUUCAGUGAUGGGGAAGAUUUCAGGGACUUUACAAGUGCCUGCCAGAAGGCACACCCUCCAAAGAGUGAAGCUGCCAAAGACAGCUGUGAAGGAGACGACGAGGAGGAAAGUGAAGAUGAUUGGGAAGAGGUAGAAGAACUUAGUGAGCCUGUGCCAGGAGAGGCGGGAGAAAAUGCAGCCUUCUCUCAAUCUGUUCUGCCUGUGAAACCAGUGGAGAUAGAGAUUGAAACACCAGAGCAGGCGAAAGCAAGAGAAAGAAGUGAAAAGACACAAAUGGAGUUUGAGACACACCUUCGGAGGCUGAUGAAACGUUUCAGUAAAGAAGUCCAUGAGGACACACACAAGGUUCACCUUCUGUGCCUGCUAGCAAAUGGCUUCUAUCGCAAUAACAUCUGCAACCAGCCCGAUCUGCAGGCUAUUGGCCUCUCCAUCAUCCCAACUCGCUUUACCAAAGUGCCUCCGCAGGAUGUGGAUAUCUGCUACCUGUCAAACCUGGUAAAAUGGUUCAUUGGAACAUUUACAGUUAACGCAGACCUUUCAACCAAUGAGCGAGAUGGCCUACAGACUACAUUGGAAAGGAGAUUUGCUAUUUACUCUGUGCAAGAUGAUGAAGAAUUGGUCCACAUAUUUUUACUGAUUCUCCGGGCCCUGCAGCUCCCAACCCGACUGGUAUUGUCUCUACAGCCAGUUCCUCUGAAGUUAUCAGCAGCCAAGGGAAAGAAAUCGUCUAAGGAGGGAUCCACAGAGGGUCCUGGAGGCUCCUCAGAAACUUCUAGCCAAGUUCCAGAAAACCAAACUAAACCAAAGACCAGCAGAGGAACCAGACAAGAGGACAGCUCUUCCAAGGGCACUGGCAGUCCAAGUGCCAAAGGGAAGAGAAGCAAAGCAGCUGCUGUCGGGAAGAAACGGAGAGAGCCCUCCUCCAGUGGGGAAGAAGAGGGCAAGGCAGGAGAGCAGGGGAAGGAAAUCCUGGGACGUGCACGUGGACGGGAGCGGCGGGUGGCCUCCAGGGUGUCUUACAAAGAAGAGAGUGGGAGUGAAAGAGCCAGCAGUGGCUCUGACUUUGAGCUCUCCGGUGGGGAAGCCCAUCAUCCAUCAGGUGAAGAUUCCGAGCCUGGCCCUUCGAGACAGAGGAAGGCCCCUCAGAGGACAAAGGCAGGGCGCAAAACUGACUCCAGGACCCAGCGUGGAAGCCACCCUAAGCACCCUGGCUUUCCAGCAGCAUCGACAAGCUCUUCAAGUAGUAAGAGUAAGAGAGGCAAGAAAAUGUCCAGUGGUGGUGAGCAGGCAGAAGGAGGGAAAGCAGCUGGUGUGAACCAGUGGCUAGAGGUGUUCUGUGAGCGGGAGGAAAAGUGGAUCUGUGUGGACUGUGUGCACGGCGUGGUGGGCCAGCCUCUGACAUGUUACCAGUACGCCACCAAGCCCAUGACCUACGUCGUAGGCAUUGACAAUAACGGCUGGGUCCGGGAUGUCACCCAGAGGUAUGAUCCAGCUUGGAUGACAGCGACGCGCAAGUGCCGGGUUGAUGCCAAGUGGUGGGCUGAAACCUUGAGACCCUACCAGAGCCCAUUGGUGGAUAGGGAAAAGAAAGAAGACUUGGAGGUAAGGCCUCGGCUGCCACGGGCUCGAAGACAAGUGAUUAAAGUUAUUCCCACUUUUGAGCACCUUAUGUCCCCGCCUUCCCCACUCCUAUCUGAAGGCCAUGACCAUGACAUCAUUACUGCUUUGGACAAUGAGAGAUGCGCAGCCUGCAGUGGGAGUGUGGCUGGAGCUCUCAGCUCUGGUAGGGAUUGCGUGCAUACUCUGCACUCCAAGGACACGUGGCUGAAACAAGGAAGAGUGGUGAGGCUUGGAGAAGUGCCCUACAAGAUGGUGAAAGGCUAUUCCAACCGGGCCCGGAAAGCCCGCCUCGCUCAGCCCGAGCUGCAGGACCACAAUGACCUGGGCCUGUUUGGCAAGUGGCAGACCGAAGAGUACCAGCCGCCUGUGGCUGUGGAUGGCAAGGUCCCCCGCAAUGAAUUCGGGAACGUGUACCUCUUCCUGCCCAGCAUGAUGCCUGUCGGCUGUGUCCAGCUGAAUCUGCCCAACCUGCACCGUGUGGCCCGUAAGCUGGAUAUCGACUGUGUCCAGGCCAUCAUCGGCUUCGAUUUCCAUAACGGCUACUCCCAUCCCGUAACUGACGGGUACAUCGUCUGUGAGGAAUACAAAGACGUGCUCCUGGCUGCCUGGGAAAAUGAGCAGGCCCUCAUUGAAAAGAAGGAGAAGGAGAAAAGGGAGAAGCGGGCUCUAGGGAACUGGAAGCUGUUGAUCAAAGGACUGCUCAUCAGAGAGAGGCUGAGGCUUCGCUAUGGGACCAAGAGUGAGGCAGGAGCUCCCCACGCAGAUACGGGAGGUGGACUCUCUUCUGACGAAGAGGAAGGGACCAGCUCUCAAGCAAAAGCGGCCAGGAUCCUGGCUGCCUCCUGGCCCCAAAACCGAGAGGCUGAAGAAGAGCAGAAGCCGAAGUGCCCUAAGAAGACCAAAAGAGAAAAGGCAGCGGCUUCCCACCUGUUUCCGUUUGAGAGGCUGUGAUGUGAGUGACCAUCCUGGUGUAGGCUCUGCCUCGAGGGCCCCAUGCCUGCUGUGCAGGUGCUCAGGCCCUGGGGCGGUGGUGUCAGCACUGGAAAGGCAAACAGAAGCAGCAUGCACUGCAGACCAGGGACAGGAGGAUCCACGUGAGGUAGUCGGGCCCAGUCCUUACCAGGUUCACCCAGCAUAGGGUUUCCAAGCUUUUUGCUCCCACACCCUGUGCUCUGAGCUACGGAGCACUUCCCCAGACACCCUCCUGUCACCUAGACCUCGUUCUUGCCAUCUUUGGAAACGAGUCAGUUCUUUUAUAGAAACCACUGGAAAUCUUCAGAUGAUGGUGCAUUAGGAACACAGUAGUCUUUUCUUUGGGUAAAUUUUUCAUCUGUGAGACACAUGCUCUUCCCUGUCUUGCCGACUUCGGACCCUCUCUCUGCAGGUCUCUGCUUUUCUGUCAUUCAGGUUUACUAAUACUGCCCCGUGCUGCUUCUGUAUAUGGGGAGUACAGGUCACCUCAGACUGUGGUAUUGUUGGGAUCCACUUUUCAAAGUAACAUUUCAUGGUGGCAGAAGACUGGAUCAAAAUCAGGAACAAAAGCAAAAACUGAGAAUUAAAGAACUGUUAGUUAAAAGUGGAUCAGUGUUAAGCUAAAUUUUAUUCAUUACUGGAUACAUUUAUAAAGCUCUAUGCACUGUAGAUAUUCAGAAGAAAUAACAUUUUGAGGAAAAAGUAAAGCAUUUAUCUGAAAAGACUCGGCUCUACAUUUUCUUUCAGAUUUUACGUCAGCUAAGAAAACCCAAUGACAGUGAUUUUUACAGAGAUUAUAUCAAAGAUGAGAUUUUGUUUUCAUGUAGGCUGGGAGUUUAUUAUAUACUUGGAAUUUUUUUCUAUGUUUAAGCAAGGAGAUUAUUACUUAAUCUUUGACAGGAGCCAUUAAAAACAUGAAUCAGUUUCAUCCAAGGGAAACAAACAAAACGCUUGAGGUGUGACUCAUGCACAAGAGCCUGGCUAGAGGCUCUUGUUGAGAAACAAACUGGGGUUGCCAUGGAAACUGCAGAACCUCACACUUCUGUCCCAGAGCCGUUCCUCUUAGAGGUAAGCGACUUGUUUUCUGGGAAUUGGUUCAAGAGUAUCACUCUGUCUCUGCAGAAGUAACUUGUUUUUAAGGCAGAUGUCAGCUCCUAGGAGGCAUUAUGGAAAUCAAGUGAAAUACUUGGUUUUGAGAAAUGUAAGACUGGGUUUUGGAAAGUUAUUACUCACCUGCUUCAAAUCUUGUAACAAAUAUAAAGUACUAAAAUUGCUGGCUUCAGAGUGCACAAUUAGCAAUAGUCCAUCGCUUCAGAAUAGGAGACAAAAAGAAUGAAAAUUAAAAUGUGCCACCUGUUUGGCAUUUCAUGGGCUUUCUCCCACUUAGUCCUCACAGCAACCUUGAGGGAUAGAACGGCAUUGUCCCCUUUUUACAGAUGAGGAAACUGAGGCUCAAAGAGCACUGAUUUUUUCCAGCGCCACACAGCCAAUCAGUGGCUGACUUGGGACUGGAGUUCAGGUCUGUGCCAACCCGAAGCUGAUGAUGCCUUUU